GAACUGUUGAUACAGAUGUUCUGCAGGUGCUACCUCACGAAAGAAUCGGAUCGUCUUGCUGCCAUUGCAGGUAUAGCGAGUCAAGCGCAGCCUCUGCUCAAUGACGAGUAUUUGGCGGGUUUGUGGAAGAGACAGCUCCCUCAUGGGUUGCUCUGGAAGCUGCAGAACAUGGUAGGACAAGAUGAUUUGAUCGUCACUAGCCCAAAGAAAUAUCGAGGUCCUUCGUGGAGCUGGGCGUCUCUCGACUUUGAAGCUGCAAAUAUCGACAUCUUGGACCGCGAAGGCAUCGACCGGUAUUUGGUUGAAAUCACCGAGGUGAAAAUCGAGAGCAGCACUGAUCAGAUUUACACCAACGUGACCGGGGGUUAUAUACGCGUUCUUGGCAAGUUGGGCCAAGUCAACCUCCCCAAGCUCGAAGACGCAGAAUGGAGAGGUGAUAGGGGCGGACACCAUACCUUUGAGUUCUCUCUUGAUGCGGAUGAUGAGAUCGAUAUCGAAGAAGAAACUCCGUAUUGUAUACCGAUAUUGACACACGACAGAGCUAAUAGGAACCCUUUCAAGAGCCUGGAAGUGCACUGCCUCUUGCUGCAAAAGGUCGAAACAAAUUCUACUGGAUUCAGAAGGAUCGGUAGCCUUCAGGUGCUUCUGGAUUGGGAGGCUGAGACUAUAGAAGAGUUUCGAUGGAUCACAGACUUUGCUAGAGAUGAAAGUCCCUUGGCACAGGGUUUAGAUACGUUGAUGAUAUACUAG